CUACAGCUUUACUUUCUGCUUCCUACUCACUCAUUUCUUUGGUGUCAUUCAGUUGUGUUAGAAGUCUAGCAUAAGGAAACACUCAAUUUGCCACUUGUCUGUGGAUACUACACAUCACUUUUUUCUUCACUUCCACAUGUUGAAAUUGUGUUUCUUCAUCUGUUUGAUAUUCUGGGUGAAAUCAGAUGAGGAGCAAAAAUGUCCCGAAUUUACAGACCUUAACAUAGGCAAUGCUCUGUCUGGAACAGAACUCCAUGUUCAGCUACUCCUAUACACGAGGAAAAAUCAAGAUUGUUCUGAGAGACUCAUUGAACACAACGUUACUGCAUCUGAGUACCUGAAUACAACCAAGAAAAUUGUCUUUGUUAUUCAUGGCUUCAGGCCAACAGGAUCUCCUCCAGCAUGGCUGGGUGACAUGAAGGAGCUUUUACUGUCUGUAGAGGAUAUUAAUCUCAUUAUAGUUGAUUGGAAUCGUGGUGCUACCACUGUGAAUUACAUUACUGCUGUGGAAAACUGCAGAAAAGUUGCAGAAAUACUGAAGAAUUAUAUUGACCAGAUGCUGGUGGGUGGAGCUUCUCUUGACUCUGUGUACAUGAUUGGUGUUAGUCUUGGUGCUCAUGUAGCUGGUUUUGUUGGCCAGAAGUAUAAUGGCAAACUUGGCAGAAUUACAGGUCUGGAUCCAGCAGGCCCCUCGUUCACUGGAGAACCACCAGAGCGCAGACUGGAUGCUACUGAUGCACAGUUUGUGGAUGUAAUCCAUUCAGAUAUUGAUGUACUAGGUUUCAAGAAGCCUUUAGGAACCAUUGAUUUCUAUCCAAAUGGAGGAAUGGAUCAGCCUGGUUGUCCAAAAACAUUUUUAAGUGGAUUGAAAUUUUUUAAAUGUGACCAUCAGAGAUCUGUCUUCCUCUUUUUAUCAUCUUUGAAAAGCAAGUGCGACAUAAUUACAUAUCCUUGUGACUCUUACUUGGAUUACAAGAGAGGAAAAUGUAUUGAUUGUGAUGCUUUCCAACCAAUGUCCUGCCCAGUGCUGGGUUAUCAUGCUGAUAGAUGGAAAAACCGGCUGAUACCGUAUAGCUCACCAACAAAAGCUUACUUUGAUACCUCGGGCCAGGACCCAUUCUGCAUGUAUAAUUACAUACUGGACAUUACUACCUGGAAUAAAAGCACUAGGAAAGGUUUCAUUAAAGUUAAAAUAACAGACUAUGCUGGGAAUACAGUAGAGUCACAGAUGAAUAGUGAAGCUUCAACAUUUCAGCAAUAUAAAAGAGUCAAAAUACUGACUGGAUUUCACCGAGACAUUGAAAACAUUGCAAAAAUUUCCUUGACCUAUUCUACAAAGACUUUAAUAGGCCCAAAGCACAAGCUUAGGAUUCUUCAGAUGAAGCUGAAAUCUCUUAAUAAUCCAAAAAGGCUAAAGCUGUGCAGAUUCGAUUUUGUACUGGUGGAGAAUACUGAACUGACCUUCAAACCUAUUCCUUGCUCUGAGAGGGGUACAUGAAAAGAGGGCUCCUACUAACCUAAUUUCUCUCGGAGCAGUGACAUUUUGAUGCUUCCUCAGGAUAAAGACUGCAAUGAGAAAGGAAAUGAGAUAAACUAGAUUUAUUUUUUGAGAGUCUACCUGAUAAUGUGCAGUACUUGCUCUGAGUGCCUUAGGCUGAAAUUAAUUGAAAAGUUCAGACAUGUAUGUGCUUGGAAAAUUAUUUGAGUAAAGUAAAUGUAUCAUGCUGGAGAACAUGCAGUGGUCUGUUCAUUACUAUUUGUUAGCAAUGAAGCAACUAUUGAAUUAAAUAUGAAUUAUCUGCAUAAUCCUGGCACAUUAUUUGUCAUAUGUAUAUUUAAAUAUUUAUUAUUUGUAAUGGCUUUUACAUGGAAACAUAAUGGUCUGUCUACUAAGUGAAUUUAAUAUACUGUACAUGUGAUCUACGGAUCUAAUAUACAACAGUUUUGCUGUGCUGUGUUCAUUGGAUAAAUGAAUUCACUUUUUCUCUUUAUAUGAUGUCUCAGUAUGAGAAGUGGAACAAUAAUAUUUGUGAGUACAUUUGUAAAUUUUCCAGUUUAAAUCUGUUGUCUUUAUGCUCAUUGUAGAUGAAUGCUAUUGCAGGCAUUCAGAUUUUUUUUUUUUUUAAUAAACACUGUGGACAAUGUAGUUGUUUCAGAUACAAAGUAAUCUAAUGCCUAUUCUGAAGAGAAUAACUUAGAAGUUAAAUAAAUGUAUUUUCAUUUUA